AUGUUCCGAAUGAAUGCCUUCCUCCGUAUAGAUAUUACCCUCAACUAUUCAGCUAUUACAUUGUUUUUGUUAAAGACGGCUUCCGUCGACUUUCAACGUGGCUCAGUGUUCUCAUGGCAUUUAUCCGUUAUCAAACACGCACUGAAUUCUGACUUCAAGUACUUGUCGAAGCAACGGACCGCUUGGAAAUAUAUUCUUAUUAUGCUGAUCUUGAGUCUAUUGAUGUCAAUGUUCUACCUGACUCGAACUGAUUUCGUUGAGCUUCCCAAUAGAUGGGUUCCAGCAGAUCAUUGCGGAUUCCCAACAAACUUCAGCAUGCCUGAAUACAAUUUUGUCAGUGGUGACUCGUUCUUUAGCGCCAAAUGGCUUUUUGAAACUUUUGUGAUUCUUGAUGUUUCUAUAACUGAAUUUCAAUGCGUUGUAGCAUGUGUUGGUGUCAUUGUGAACUUGUUUCAUUUACUGGUUCUCACCAGGAAAUCGAUGAGUAUGAACAGUAUUAAUAUGAUAAUGAUUGGGAUUGCCCUAUGUGACAUGUUCAAUAUGAGUUUCAAUGUGUAUGAUACAGCUCAAAUAUUGGUUCAAACUAGUGAUAAAUGCCGUCCCCCUGCACCCUAUACUGUGAAACUCAUCGGCUUCUGGGCAUCAGCUUGUGAAGACCAUUCCCGCCGACUAUCCGCUCUAUUCGGUGUCAUGAUGGCUCUUAUACGUUGGUUGAUUAUCAAAAAUGCACUGAAUCCAAAAUACGAAAAGUUUUCGAAAUCUUUGUUUGCUUUUGGAGCAAUGCUUGUUGCAUUCCUCCUCAGUUCCAUCAUGACUCUUCUAUUUUGGAGCAGGUACGAAGUGGCACAAGUGGGUCUGUGGAGACCACCUAUCGAGUGCACUGGUUUCCCGAUUGAUUACUCUGUUCCAGUAUACAAAUCAUCAGUUGAUAACAUUUUUAUGACAGAUACAUCUGUUGCUCUUCAAGUUUUCAGUGUGGUUGAUGGGUUGAUUAAGCUGAUUCCCACUGCAAUGUUCCCUGUUCUCACAUUUCUUUUGGUCAAAGAACUAAAGAAAGCUGCGAGUUCUAGACGGAAAGUUUCAACAGUGAAAAACGAGGAAGAAAACUCUAAAUCUGAACAAGCUACAAGACUCGUUAUCCUGAUGGCUAUCACAUAUAUAUUAUCUGAAGGACCACUUGGUAUAAUUUAUGUAAUUCAAGGAUUUGUUAUGGAACCGCCAGGCCUCGUAGAAAUGACAUUUGACCUUCUCGACAUUUUUGAUUUACCAAUUGCUACAAAAGUCAGUGUUUCGAGUGCUGGUAGAGUGAGGAAGACUACUGUAGAUCCAACUGCAGAUUGA